AUGAAGGCACAAGGUGUUUGGGAUGCGAUCGAGUUAGAGGGAUCUGUCGAUAAGAGCAAACAUAAGAUGGCUCGUGUAGCAAUAUGUCAGGGCAUAAGUGAGGAGACCCUGUUACAGAUAGGAGUAAAAAGAACGACAAAAGAAACAUGGGAUGCCUUAAAGAUGUUAAAUCAUGGUGCGGAUAAAGUAAAGGAGCUUUGGGAGAAAGCGUCAACGAAGGGUACAGUUUUUACGAAAUACAUCCAAUUGGCAUCAACUAUUGAGGAGUUUGGAGAUUUGACGACUAAGUCUAUCGAGGAAAUUACCGGAUCACUUAAGGUGCAUGAGGAAUGGUUAAGGGGUCGUGAAUCGAGAGUUGAUGAACAUGUUCUCCUCGCUCAGGGUGACUGGCGAAGAGGUCGUGGUAGAGGUCGUUCGUUUGGACGAGGUCGUGGUCGAGGAGGUGAGAAAUCAAGGUUUGAUAUAAACAAGAUCAUGUGCUAUGCGUGUCAUAAAUAUGGUCAUUUCGCCUCUGAUUGCAAAACAAGAGAAGAGAGAGAUGACAAAACUCAUCUGGCCGAAGAGGUUGAAGAGGAGGCCAUUUUGCUGUAG